AUGUUGUCAUCCGUCAUCUUGGUCCUUCUCACGGGCCUGGGUUUCUUUUCCUCGGUGAUUGCAGAUACAUACUGCAGUGCUGAUGUACCCUGUGAGAUAGGAUGCUGUGGGAAAAACAAUGUCUGUGGUCUUGGACCGGAUUACUGUGCUGAAGAUAAAUGCAUCAACAACUGUGAUGCGAAGGCCGAGUGCAACCCUGGAGACUGGGAUAACAAAUAUAUCAAUGCCACCACAUGUCCGUUAAACGUCUGCUGCAGCAAAUUCGGUUUUUGCGGAACCACUGAGGAGUUCUGUGGGAAUAAAACAGUCUCCAGACCUUCGUGCGAUGCUAGCUCUCAGCAAAUCACCCGCGUCAUCGGUUACUAUAACUCGGCUGCUGCUACCCGCCCCUGCGGUGCCAUGAUCCCUCAGGCUAUCCCACAGGGUGUCUAUUCGCAUCUCUACUUUGCUUUCGUUAGUAUUGAUCCGGACACCUUUGAGGUUAUCCCAGCCUCCGAGGGAGAUACAAUGCUCUAUCCGCAGCUGGAGGCUCUCCAGAUCCGCGACAUGGGUCAAGAGCUUUGGCUCUCUAUCGGCGGUUGGGAUUUCUCCGAUGCUGGUACACCCACGGCUACUACCUUCUCUGACUUAGUUAACGCCGACUCGAAGAAACAGAAUGCUUUCUUCUCAUCGUUGACUAACUUUAUGACCACAUGGGGCUUCACCGGUAUCGAUAUUGACUGGGAGUAUCCCGCCGCUGAUGACCGUAAUGGCCGACCUCAGGAUUAUAAAGCCUUCCCCAAGUUCAUGGCCAACCUGAAAAAGGCGCUGUCUGACUACCAGUUCGGCCUUUCCGUCACUCUACCCACCAGCUACUGGUACUUGCAGCAUUUUGACCUAGAAUCGCUGGAUAAAUCGGUUGACUGGUUCAAUUUUAUGAGCUACGACCUUCACGGCACAUGGGACAUGGGCAACAAGUGGACAGGGGCCUACCUAGAUGCACAUACCAACCUAACCGAAAUCAAGACAGCUCUCGAUCUACUCUGGCGGAAUGACAUCAAGCCCUCUAAGGUGAAUAUGGGAAUGGCUUUCUAUGGCCGUAGUGUCACUCUAGCCAGCCCUUCGUGUACUGAACCGGGCUGCUCAUAUCUUUCAGCCGGUGACAAGAGAGCAUGUAGUAAUACUGCUGGUGUCCUCUUUAACAAUGAAAUUCAACAGAUCAUUCGCGACAACGACGUUACGCCAACCCUGUACAAGGACGCAGCUGUUAAGACCCUUACAUGGGACAAUGACCAGUGGGUUUCAUACGACGACGAGGAUACAUGGAGACUCAAAGCUGAAUUCGCCAAGUCUGAGUGUCUUGGGGGCGUCUUAGUCUGGUCUAUUGACAAUGACGACAGUAAUUACACUUUCUCCCACGGGCUAGCGGCGGCGCUCGGAAAUGAGAUUAACUUGGACACCACCACCGGUCUGACUGGUCAUAGUUUCGGCGAGAGGAAGUCAACAAGCAGCAGUAGUGACAAGGGCCAGGACCAGUACUGCCGCUUCAUCAACUGCGGUGAGGUCUGUCCCAGUGGUUUCACUGAGGUCACCCGUGCCGAUAAGAAGAAGGAUCUUAUGUUAGACUCGACAACUUGUCCAUCAGGCAAGCAUCAAACACAAACGCUCUGCUGUCCUACUUCCACAGAGGUUCCUACAUGUCAGUGGCGAGGCUUCCAUAACAAUGGCAAGUGCAAGGGUGGUUGUAAUAGCGACGAGGCUGAGAUCGGAACCGUUGGCGCAGGUUGCAAGUCCGGUUAUCAGUCCGCAUGCUGUACAAUCACAGACUCUGUUCGUCCCUGGACAAAAUGUACGUGGACUGAGAGUUGCCACGGUGAUCUCACCUGUCCGGCUGGCUAUCCUAACUUUGUGGUGGGCUCGCGCGAUGGCUGGGGCGGACAGAAGUCGUGCAACGGAGGGAAAAAUUACAACUACUGCUGCCAGGGAGACACUGCUCCUCCGGAUGUGUUCACUGAUUGCGAGUGGCAUGGUCAUGGGGUUACUUUUACAAAUGAUAAGUACUGCAGCACCCACUGCCCGGCCGGGUCGAUUCGCAUCGCUGAAGAGGAUAUUUCCAUAUUUAUGGGGAGCGAUAAAACGGCACAAACAUCAGACUGCUUGUUCGGUCGUGAGGCAUACUGUUGCAAAGGUAAGAUGAAGAAGACCAACACGCCGCGGGGAGAUCCGCCCACCACCUACCAAGACCAGACGGCCAGAGAGCUCGAUGCCUACCUCACGAUGUUCCUUAUGAAUCCAGUUUGUCCAAGCGGCUGGGAUUCUGAGUAUAGCUACACUUACAGCUCUAGCCUGGUCACGCGGGAUAAAAAGCCCAUCACUGAUGAGGGCGUUGUCCUGACAUUCCUGGUGCCUAUCCUGGCGGCAUGGGCUACAUCCCAGUUCCCUCGGCAGGACCUGACAGACAUCAUCAACUCCUGUUUUGCCACGUUUGGAUACCAAAGCAGUGCCGGUAAUCUGACCGAUUUACAAGGGGUCAUUUUCGGGUACGGAGUUGGUGACAGCUGGAGCGGAGGGCCGAUCACGGAUGUUAACUCCUUGAUGGCUGGAUAUCUCUGCAACCUGAAGGAAUCAGCCAAUGGGCUGGAAAAUAUCCAGACUGCUGCCUCCCUCUUGUGUGAGAGUAAUGAUGACUCGUCCUCACUGUCUGCCCGAAGAGUCACCGUGCUAAGUAUGGAUGACCGCUCCGAGAACGGCGAGGAGCCUGGCAUUUCGUUGAUCCUCAAUGGUAUUCUAAAUGGUGAACUGAGCCUUCAUUACUGCCGCUGGCUCCGCGCAGGAGGUAGGGACAUUCUAGAAUUAGCAUUCUGGAUUGGCCCUACGCCGGGCGUUACUCCCAGCAAUCAACUGCGCAGCCAGUAUAUCGACACCAGUCAUACGGCAGCAACCGAUCGUUGGAUCAUUUUCCAUCUUCACUUCCAAAUCGAUGGUCGGGUCUUUUAUACCGGUACCAGCGACUCAAACCGGCCGACUCAAUGGCACCCAGGCGUCACCACAAUCGACGUCUACCACAGUCAAACUGUUACGCGGCCCGGGGUUGUGACCCAUGGCCGCAGAGCUGAUCAAAGGGCUGAAUUCCGUUAUUCCACCAGUUACGAUCCGACUGGGAACAUCAAUACCGGAGUGAUGCAAAAUUAUAAUGCACGCACACAUGUCUUGCAGUGUCCCAUCCCACAGAGGGACCAGGGUGUUCGCGGCCGGGGUGUUCGCGGCCGAUGGUAUAUAGGGGUUGGCCGUGAAAGGGAAAUUGGGAUAGCUAGGCAAGGCGGCACUCGUCAACCCUUUGGUUACGCGGAGUUACUCGAUCGCUUUGGCAUGUGGAUGUGGAACCAAGGAAUUUUCUCGGUGCAUCAGUUGGGGCGACUAUACCCAAUCCUUGAGGACCCUACACACCCAUACGGUGGUGAUGGUGAGUGGUCGGUUUCUGAGUCAUUUCCAGCCACCAGGGAGCACAACCCUCGAGAAGGAGCGUAUGAUGAGAAUUGGCUGCCAGAUGGUUCUACUCCAGCCAAUUUCCCGCAUACUGGAUCUGAGGCGGGACCUGUGCCUGGGGAAUUCACUCUAGAUAUAAAUACUCAUAACCCUUCCGUACCUUUCCCAUUUCAUUUCCAACUCUUUUCUUCCCUUUCCAUUUUCUACUUCAUCCAUCCAACCAUACUACGAGAAAUAAUGUCGUACGGCCAGUUCCACAGUCCAUAUUCACCUCAAGUUGUGGGGGAACCCCGGGACUCAGGACUUCGUGACACGGAUGGAUCAAUUAUGUACGAGACUGAAGAGAAAGUCCUCCGGGAAGAGAUAAUCCGUCGUAAUGAUGUUGAAACACUGAAGCAAUACAUUGGGCAAUAUCCGAAUACUGGGCUGGAACCAGAACCAGCGUAUUAUUACCCUGACGUGUUUUUUGUGGCUACGCAGUAUGGAUGUAUUGACGCUCUCCGCGUGCUGCUGGCUUAUUACCAUGCCAACUUGGAUAAAGCAGUACCACUUGAGAGACGAGAUAUUGUUUUGUUAAAUGUUGCCUGCAAGUUUUCGCAGCUGGAAACAGCACAGUUUCUACUGGACAGUCAGCCUCCGUUGGGGAACAUUCACGACAAAAGCCCCGGGGGUGAAACAGCCCUCCUGAGCGCGGCAGAGUCUUUUACAUGGCCGGGAGAGGUGACCAGCGACCAGAUUAAAGAGCGCCUAGUCCGAAGCGAAGAAUUGAUGUAUAUGCUUCUCGAUAGGGGUGCCUCAGUCAACGAUGUCACUAUGGACCAGAACGAAUAUAACGCUCAUCUCCCACCGCAACCGCGCGACACUGUUCUCAGCCUGGCCAUUUCUAGAGCUAGCUACAUGCUAGUGAAACGUCUCAUUGAACAAGGAGCAAAUAUUUAUGCAAGAGAGGAGCAUACGGACAGUAGAUUUUGGUUUGACGUUGAUCUCCGGGAUGUCACCGCACUUCACUAUGGGAGUAUUUAUUGGAAUAUAGAGGGGGUCAAGGCACUGCUAGAUCAUCUAGGCGAUGCGAAAAUUGCGGAAAUGGUUUCUGCUCGUGAUAGUUUUGGAAGGUUACCAUUGCACUGGGCAGCUAUAGGUGAUGACAAGCUGGAACUUGAGAAAUAUGUCAGAGAAGACGACAUUGCCCCUAGAAAUGUUGGUAUCUUCAAGAUAUUGUUGGCUGCCAAUCCGAGGACUAUCAAUGCGCAGGAUAAUUAUGGGCGUACAGCCUUGCAUUAUGUCGUCAUUAACUACACAAACGGCAACAGAAAAGGAUUAAAGGAUAUUGUUCAAUACCUAUGUGAAAAUGGUGCCGAUGCGAGUAUAUCGGACUAUAAGGGACAAACAGCUUUACAUUGGUUGGCUCGACGAUCUCCAGAAUGUGAUCCUAUUGACACGGCUGUCAUAGACCUAUUGAUUGCACAUGGUCUCGACAUCCACCAGACCGAUAAAUCCGGUGCCACCGCUCUCCACAUAAUAUCAAUGAGUUUGCGACAGACCCAGGCAGUCGAGUAUCUUCUUAAACUUGGGGCGGACGCAACUACUCAAGAUUCAGAAGGAAAUACACCUCUUCAUAACCUUAUGAAACGUCCGUACUUCUACGGAAAGAAUGUAACACUGGCACAAAAGAUAGCAGCGCAGGACGAGAUCACGGCGGCCCUACAGGAAGCUGGCAAGGUUGAUUUGAUGGGCCAACCAAAUGCUGCGGGGCAAACGCCUCAACAGCUACGUGCAAAAAUACGGGCCAGGUGGCAGGAAGCAGAAGAGAAGAAAGUUGAACGAGAUGCUAGAGAGGUUCAAGGUCAUGGCCACUGA